AUGUCGAGAUCGCUAAUGCCGCUGCGCACGCGGGAAAGAAGAGCCCGACCGGCACCGGCAAUGCUCUUGCCGUUCCCGGGAGCGUGGUUCAGCGUGCGGCUGAAAGUGACGAGGAAAUCCGCCAUGGAUGGGCCGCAGGGGAGCACAGGGGUAGCGGGAGCAUUUGCCGCCUCGGGCCGGUUGACAGCUGCAGGUGCAGCCUCGGCCCUGAUCGAGGGAAGUGCACGUGCGCUGAGGGUUCUACGUGUUAGUUGGGAGGGGGACGAUGAUGUGAACAGGCCCUUGGAGAGACCGGCGGAGGACAGGACAGCAGCCUGGUUGCAUGAGAGGGCCAUUGCUAUUGCAAACCCGUUCUUCCUUCUCACCCCCUCACCGUUCCCCUUUUCUCCAUCCCAUCCCCCUACCCAUCCCCUACCCAUCCCCCUACCCAUCCCCCUACCCAUCCCCCUACCCAUCCCCCUACCCAUCCCCCUACCCAUCCCCCUACCCAUCCCCCUACCCAUCCCCCUACCCAUCCCCCUACCCAUCCCCCUACCCAUCCCCUACCCAUCCCCUUACCCAUCCCCUUACCCAUCCCCCUACCCAUCCCCCUACCCAUCCCCUACCCAUCCCUCUACCCAUCCCCUUAUCCAUCCCCCUACCCAUCCCCCUACCCAUCCCCUUACCCAUCCCCCUACCCAUCCCCCUACCCAUCCCCCUACCCAUCCCCUUACCCAUCCCCCCUACCCAUCCCCUUACCCAUCCCCCCUACCCAUCCCUUUACCCAUCCCCUUAACCAUCCUCCUACCCAUCCCCCUACCCAUCCCCUUACCCAUCCCCCUACCCAUCCCCCUACCCAUCCCUUACCCAUCCCCCUACCCAUCCCCCUACCCAUCCCCCUACCCAUCCCCUUACCCAUCCCCCCUACCCAUCCCCUUGCCCAUCCCCCUACCCAUCCCCCUACCCAUCCCCCUACCCAUCCCCUACCCAUCCCCCUACCCAUCCCCUACCCAUCCCCCUACCCAUCCCCCUACCCAUCCCCCUACCCAUCCCCCUACCCAUCCCCCUACCCAUCCCCCUACCCAUCCCCUUACCCAUCCCCCCUACCCAUCCCCUUACCCAUCCCCCUACCCAUCCCCCUACCCAUCCCCCUUCCCAUCCCCUACCCAUCCCCCUACCCAUCCCCCUACCCAUCCCUCUACCCAUCCCCCUACCCAUCCCCCUACCCAUCCCCUUAACCCAUCCCCCUACCCAUCCCCCUACCCAUCCCCAUACCCAUCCCCUUACCCAUUCCCCUACCCAUCCCCUUACCCAUCCCCCUACCCAUCCCUCUACCCAUCCCCUUACCCAUCCCCCUACCCAUACCCCUACCCAUCCCCCUACCCAUCCCCCUACCCAUCCCCUUACCCAUCCCCCUACCCAUCCCCUUGCCCAUCCCCUUACCCAUCCCCUACCCAUCCCCCUACCCAUCCCCUUACCCAUCCCCCUACCCAUCCCCUUACCCAUCCCCCUAACCCCCAUGCCUCCCCCUGGCUUCCCCUUUACUCCACCCCGGUCCUCCUCCUUUAUUUGCUUUUGCAAUAUGGAGAAUGUGUGAAGAGGGAAGGGGAUGGCAGUGGGUGCUGCCAACAUGCUACCGGAAGUGCUGAGGAAGCAGCUAGAGGGCAUGCAGCGAGGCGUGUACUUUGGGUGCUGUUAGCCAACAUGCUACCGGAAGUGCUGAGGGAGCAGCUAGAGGGCAUGCAGCGAGGCGUGUACUUUGGGUGGGCCAGACUGCCACACCUGGAGGGUGAAGGGACAACACACAGGGGAGCAGGUGGCGAGGGAGAGGUUGGUGGGGGAGAGGAGGGCACGGGAAGGCCUCGGGUGUUCAAGAUGGUGCUGAAUGUCGGCAGGCGUCCCACGUUUGUUGACGGAGAUGACGUCACCGUGGAGGUGCACAUUCUAUCCUCGUUUGAGGAUGAUUUCUAUGGCGAGGAGCUGCAGGUGGUUGUGCUGGGCUACAUCCGCCCAGAAAGAAAGUUUUCCUCUCUCGAUGACUUAGUAUCGCAGAUCAAAUCAGACAUUGCAGUUGCCACCGAACAGUUGGAUACAGCGGUGUUUGCACCAUAUGCAAGAGACCUCGUCUUUGCAUAG